AUGCAGUCCGCCGCCGGCGGCGCAGACGCCGCGGCCGCGCGGCGCCCCGCGUCCUUCUCUGUGAGCUACCUCAACCCCCCCGCGCUGUCGAGUUCUUUUUGGUACGCCUGGCAGACGAUGCUGGUGGUGCUGCUGGUGCUAGGGGGAGGCCCGGUCUGGGUGUGGCGGGUGGUGCUGUACAUGCGCCGCCGCCCCGGCCAGCCGGUAGACAUUGAGUUGGGGCUGUAUGCAGUGCUGGCGGCCGCAGACGCGCUGAGCGCCGCGCUGGCUGCUGUGCUGGCCCUGGUGUCACUAUACUGGCUCGCACUCGCAAAGCUGCAGGUGGAGGUGCACCUGCUGGUGCCGCCUGACAGCGGCAUGUACAACUUCUGGGUGACCAUGGUGCUGGCGGUGGUGGGCCAGGCCGUGGGGCUGCUGUGGGUGAUCUACCAACAGAUCAACGUCCACGUGUUCUUCCUGGACUGGGAAAAGCCCCGCCGCGUGCUGGCCAAGGGGGGCGGCAGGGAGGAGGCCGCGCCCGUCAGCUGCUGGCGCACGCUGCUGGUUGCCAACGAGUGGAACGAGCUGCAGGCCGCCCGGCUGACCUACCCGCCCUUCACCCUGGCGAUGGUCGUCAUGCUGAUGGACGGCGCCGGCUUCGCCUCCGCCGCCGCGCUGGCCCCCUCCGGCGCCGCGCGCGGCGUCGUCGUGCCCUCGAGCAUGCUCCUCCGCUUCGGCGUCGCGGCGGGCUGGUUCCUCGUGCUGUUUGUCGCCCAGUGGCUCUGGAAGGCUGUCAUUGUGCACCGGUUUUUCGGCCACCCGCUGUCGAACUUUGUUGACCUGCUGUUCCUGGCCAACACGAGCGCCGUGGUGCUGGACGGCCGCAGCGAGGGCUACUACCUCCACGGCCGCAACCAGAUGCACCACGCAGACACCACGCUGUCGGAGCUGAACGCCAGCCUGCUGCGGGAGGAGGAGGGCCUCGUGCCAAAGCGCGGCCUCGUCACCACCUACUCGGGCGGAGGGGGCGGCCCGCUGGGCGGCAGCGCGCAGCUCAACGACGGCCAGGCCUUCACGCUGCACAUAACAGACGAGCUGCGGCGGCUGUACGAGAGCACCCUGCUGGCCCAAGUCGAGCAGGCGGCCAUGGACCAGCGCCUGGCGCGGGGGGCGGUGACCAGCGCGGUCAAGGGGCCGCUGCGGCCGCGCGACGGCGCGCUGGCCGCGUCGCGCCACAUCAGCGCGGCGUUCGCGGCGGCGCUGGACGAGGCGGAGCGCAACCACGCGUCGCAGUCCCUUGGCUCCCAGCGCUGA